AUGUUGUCUGAGGAAACUGAGUAUUGGUGGGAUAAUACCCGUUUCAGGUUGGAAUCUGUGAGUGUUGAGAUUACUUGGGCUAAUUUCAAUAUUGAGUUUCUGGAUAAGUAUCGUGAGAUUCUUUGUUUCUCUGUGCUAGUUAAAAAGUGUCAAAUCUAUGAUGAAGAUAGUAGGUACAAAUCUACUCACUACAAGAAUGCUAGUGAGAAGAAGAGUGAGAGUCAAAAUCAUGAUAAGUUAUCCAAGUGUGAAUUAUGGUUGAAGGAAGUGAGUUUCAUUGUUCAUGUGAUCUCUUGUGGAAGGAUAAUCGUUGAUCCGUAUAAGAAAGAAUUGAAUAUGAGGAAAAGGAGGUUGCUGGAACUUCUGAAGGACUACGAUUUUAAGUUAAGUUACCAUUAUGGUAAAACUAAUGUGGUUGAAGAUGUGUUGAGUAGGAAGUCCUUGCAUAUAUCGGCAUUGAUGGCUAGAGAGUUGGAUUUCAUUGAGCAGUUCCGAGAUCUUAUCUUGGUGUGUGAGGUAACGCCAAAAAGUUUGCAUUUGGACUUCAUAGUUGAUGAGAAUGGGAUCAUGAAGUCUUGGGAUAGAGUUUGUAAUCCUGAUGUACCAAAACUUAGAAAGAAGAUUAUGGAAGAGAGUCACAGGAGCAGUUUGAGUAUUCAUCUUGAAGUCACUAAGAAGUAUCAAGAUAUUAAGAAAAUGUUUUGGUGGCCAGGUUUUCCGAAUACCGCUCAAGGAAGUGAUUCAAUUUGGGUUGUUGUGGAUAGAUUGAGAAUUAAAGUUCAUGUCAAGGUUUUGGGAGAGCUUGCAGGAACUCUUGGGAACCAAGUUGAGGUUGAGUUCUGCCUACUAUCUAUAGACAGACGUUCACAUAGAGAGGACUAUUCAGUCUUUGGAAGAUCUAUUGAGAGCUUGUGUUUUAGAGCAAGGAGUUACCAUUAUAGUAUUGGAAUGUCACUGUUUGAAGCUUUGUAUGAUAGAAGGUGUAGGACACCUUUGCGUUGGUAUGAAUCUAAUGAAAGUGUUGUGCUUGAACCAGAGAUUGUUCAACAGACUAUUGAGAAGGUUAAGAUGAUUCAAGAAAAGACGAAGGCAUCACAAAUCAGACAGAAGAGGAAUCAUGAUAAGUGGAGGAAGACUCUUGAGUUUCAAGAAGGCAACCAUGUGUUUUUGAGAGUUACUCUAAUGACAUGUGCUGGUCAUGCAUUGAAGUCUCAAAAGCUUACUCAUCUUUUCAUUGGUCCUUAUCAGAUUCUCCAAAGAAUCGGAGUUGUUUCCUAUCGAGUUUCCUUACCACUGUCUAUUUCUAACCUUCAUAGUUUCGUUCAUGUGUCUCAGCUUUAG